AAAAAGUUGCUAAUUAUUAAAAGAAACCAAAAAAUGAAAAUUGUAAAUCAUCCACAGCGGACCGGUUGCUCAGCUUCAAAAGUCAUUCAAUUAGAACACCUCAAUUGCCGAAAACAAAAAAUCCCCGCUUCGAUGGGCAAAACUUGAUAAGAUCUUUUUUGUAAAAAAAUGACAAGCAAAAGCGUAAACAAAUUGGAAUAUAAAUGGCGCAUCCAAAAUUCAUAUGGAAUAUAAAAGGCAAAAGGGAAAAAAGCAAACCAAAAAAUAAUAAUAAUAUACAUUUCUAAACGCCGAACAAAAUUAGCAGAAACCGAUCAACACUUCAAUCGAAGUGAAAUAUAAUGUGGAAGCUUCUGCUGAUUUGUGUGGUGAUGAGUUCCCUAAAUGGAGAGUCAUCUGGCGCCAACAGGCAGCGAUCCCGACCACGGCGCGCCUAUGCCGGAGGAUAUGCUGGAGGAUAUGCCAGCAGUGGUGGAGGAACUGGUGGCUCCACGGGAACCUACAACAGCGGCGGUGGUGGCUACUAUGACUAUGAUGACUAUGAUGGCAACUCACCCAACUUUGGCAUCAUCGACCCGUACCUCUUCCAUCAGCAGCUGACGAAUCACAUUUUGGCCCAGAACUAUGCCAACCAACAAGCUGUAACGGGUCUGGCCACGGCUGGCAAUGCUUUUGCAUCGGCAGAUGCUUCUCUAACCGACGACAAUGAUAUUCGCAUCCAGCAACAGAUUGCCGCCCAGCAGGCCUAUCAUGACAACCUAGUUCGUCAGAAUCGCUACCGUGGAGGAUCAUCGGGUGGAUCGUCAUACAACUCCCAUCGCUAUGCUCCCAGCUAUGCCGUUGCUUCCGGAUCCAUCGGACCCAAUGGACACCGCCAGACGGCCUAUAUUAACCCAGCCAAUCCGGCCUCUCCCAAUAUUGUGAACCGCUUUGGCGGCGGCAGCGGCGGUGGCUCCUCGUACUCGAGUUCCAGCAGCUCUGGAGGCGGCAGCGGUGGUGGUGGUGGUGGCUACAAGGGCGUCUCAGUAUCAUCCUAUAGCCACAGCAAUGGAGAUGGAACCAGCCGACGUGGCGCCCAGACCACGGUCAAUGACAAUGGAAAGGUUACCUCGUACUCGGUGCACUCUUAGGGGAAUCGUUGACUUCUCUAAUACUUCUAUUCCGAGAUUGUCAAAGCUGACCGAGCCCAAUUAAUUUUGUAUAAAAUAAAUAUAUAAACAUACAUGUAUUUUAUUAUA